CUCUCGGUCCUAUUAUUAAGUAGUAGAGCCAUGGAUACCCGCAAGGAAAACAAGGUAAGAAAAGCCAUGAAACCCAAAACGACGAAGCGAAAAGAGAAGAAAUACAAAACCGGGAGGUUUAUCAGGAGGAAAUCGCUGCGAUCUUUGGGGAAUUUCAUGGGAAGGAUCCUUAAAACUUUGGGCACUUUGGCGCACUUUGGCGACGCUGAACCGCCGGACGCGGAGGACGACGACGGCGGCUUCGGGCAAAGCUCUUCUGGGGGGUUCAAAGACGACUGUGCGCAGGUCUCCAGAGAGGGAACCGUGAAGAAGAGCUCCACGGUGUCUUCCACUCACGGCUCGGUGAAAGACAGGCUGUCGUGGUGCUACGGUGACAAGACUCCUGGGGUGCUGGGACUGAAGAACCACGGCAACACCUGUUUCAUGAACGCCGUGGUUCAGUGCCUCAGCAACACGGACCUGCUGGCCGAGUACCUCGGGCUGGAGCAGUACAAGUCGGAUUCGUGCCACAGGAGAGUGAACGGGGAGCUGAGCGGCGAGGAGCCGCAAACCGCCAGGGGAGAGGUGAUCGAGCAGCUGGCGUCGCUGGUUCGAGGGCUGUGGACCCUGGAGUACACACCGCAGCUGUCUGUGGAGUUCAAGAGCAUAGUGGCAAAGUACGGCUCUCAGUUUCGAGGAAACUCUCAGCAUGAUGCCCUCGAAUUCCUCCUCUGGCUUUUGGACAGAGUUCAUGAAGAUGCUAAUCACAUCCCCAACAACAACACGAAUAGCAGCAGCAGCAGCAGCAGCAACAAGACCAAAGCCAACGCCAAGGGACCCAGUUCAUUGGAGGAUCCUUCCAGUCCCACUUCAGCCAGGACACAGCCUCGAGAUCGACACAGUUUUGUCCAGGAACACUUCCAGGCUCAGUACAGGUCUUCUCUGACGUGCCCUCAUUGCCUCAAGCAGAGCAACACCUUUGACCCAUUUUUGUGUAUCUCCCUGCCUAUCCCCCUGCGACAAACCAGGCCGAUGUGUGUGACGCUGGUGUUCAGUACGAAGGGUCAGAGGUACCUCCGGGUCGGGCUGGCUGUACCUCUCUUUGGUUCCCUGUCCUGCCUGAGAUCCAUGGUGGCAGAGGAGGGCAACAUCUCCCCGGACCAGGUCAUUCUAGCAGAGCUGUACUCGACUGGUUUCCAGCGUUCCUUUUCAGAUGAUGAUGAUCUCACAGCAAUUGCUGAUAGCGACGUCAUCUACGCCUUCCAGGCUCCUCCCCUCUAUAGUCGUGGAGGCUCCGCACAGCACUCAGGGUAUCACCACAGCCUCCCCUCCUCCCCAUACACCUCUACGGCUGGACCCGAUGGUCAGAGGUUACCUGCGUCUGGCGCCCUCUCCUCUGAGUACCUGAACCAGGGCGGCUCUACUAAAGUCCUCCUUGUCAUCUGCAACACGGCGGGAUCCGGCCAGCAGGCUGUCAGGUUCGGACCACCAUUUCUCAUGCGAGAGGACAGGAGCAUCUCCUGGGACCAGCUGCAGCAGAGCAUCCUCAGCAAGCUCUAUUAUCUGAUGCUGAAUGGAUCUCAGGCUCAGAAUGCCGGAGUGCUGUUCAAGAUCAGAGUAGUGGGAGGAUCUGCAGCCUACAGCUACCUGUCCCCACAGGACAGCAGGCCAUUGUACCACCCUGCUGUUGACAGAGCUCUGAAGUUCUGCAGCACCGGGGGACCACCCCAUGUGAAGAUUGUCAUCGAGUGGGAGAACAAGACUAAAGAAUGUCUCUUUGGCAGCAUCCAAGAAGAGGUGGUCAAGGACGCGGAGAGUGUGAGGAACCAGCAGCAGCAGCACCUACAGCAGCACAGCUGUACUUUGGACGAGUGCUUUCAGCUAUAUACCAAAGAAGAACAGCUUGCCCCAGAUGAUGCCUGGAAGUGCCCCCAUUGUAAGCAGCUCCAGCAGGGCAUGGUGAAGAUGAGCCUGUGGACUCUCCCUGACAUACUGAUCCUCCAUCUCAAACGCUUCCGACAGGUGGGCGAGCGGAGGAACAAGCUGUCGACCCUGGUGCGGUUCCCCCUGACCGGUUUGGACAUGGCACCCCAUGUGGCAAAGAGGAGUCAGAGUAUGAGGAAUCUGAACUUAGGGGCCUGGCCGCCGCCCUGGAAGCAGCCCCUAGGCCCGCAUAACCAACCUGCCGACAUGAUCCUUCCACACGACUACCUGUACGACCUCUACGCUGUGUGUAACCACCAUGGAGGAAUGCACGGAGGACAUUAUACUGCUUACUGUAGGAACUCAGUGGAUGGACAGUGGUAUAACUAUGAUGACAGCAGUGUAGACUUGGUGCCAGAGGAAGAAGUAUGCACCAGAGGAGCCUACAUCCUCUUCUACCAGAGACGCAACACCAUUCCUCCAUGGUCGGCCAGUUGCUCCGUCAGAGGAUCUACAAGUUCGUCAAUGUCAGACCACUGGCUGAUCCGGCUGACGGGGGACAGUAAGAGAGGCAGUCUGGUCUCUCGAUCCUCCACCACAUGCCCAUCUUCCUUGCCUGACUCACCCGAGUCUCCGGUCUUCCUUGAAAAUGGUUCUAAAGAUGAAAAAGGGGGCUUUGAGAGAAGACCAUUCAUCAGGGGUCUUCAGGGACGCAGUGUGAGCAUGAGAGCCCCCAGCAAGACCAAGGACACCCUGAGCAAAGUGUUUCCUCUGCGCUGGUCCUUUGGUUCAAAGGAUAGACGGAAACCUGACCCAGUGCCUCCAUCUGUCCAAGACCCUGCCCCAGUGGAGCUUGUGCAGUACUUAGAAUCUGGCCGGCGGCCCCGGUGCACAAAGGAUUCAAUCGUAACACUGAUGAACGAACCACGCAGCACGAAGGAAGCCACUGAGACCCGAGCUGCAACCAAUAUCAGAUCGUCCAGUGUUGGGAGCUUAAGUUGUAUGAAUAAGGCAGGAUAUGAUGUGUCUCCUGAGUCUCCACAGGUCCCAGAAGGCCAGAGGAGGUCAUCAGAUAAGACAGCCAGUUUGAGACGCAGGAAGGAAAGAGAUGAGAGCACCACCAAUAUCAGCAGUAGCUCUAGCAGUAACACCCUCACUAGGAGGAAGGAUGCAAGGAAGCAAAGCUCGUCUAAAGCUUCCCAAGAUACUACUGAGACAAAGAGGAGUUCCAGUACAGGAGUUCAGCCCAGCUACAGCACUCCUACUCUUCAUGAUGGGUCCCUGAGAAGACAAAAAGGGGACAGGACUGAUAGGGAACACCAUGGUGCACAUGAAGGAAACUCUAAAAGCAAGAAAGAAGAAGUUCCCAAGAGCCACGAGGGACUCCUCUCCUUCUUCAAGGGUAACUUCCUGAAGAGGGACUCAAGAAAGUCCAAGGAAGGUGAAUCAGGGAAAGGAGGAGGCGAGGAAGGAGGCAGAAGGACCCUCUCUAGGCUGUCGCUGUCCAAUGGAGCAGCAGGAGGAGGAACUGGGGUGGAAGGAUGCAAGUCUAAUGGCUCAGGCCAUCUGGGCGAUGAGCUGGCAAAUGGGAAGGUGGGACGAACCACUACGGACAUCAAGCGAUCCCAGAGCUCUUCCAACAUUCCGACCAAAGCGGAGCAGAGCAUGCGUAGGACGGCAUCUCUGCAUCGCAACGGGAUGUCCACAGCACCGGUGCCAUCACGCAGUCUCACAACAGACAAACCAUCUUACGGCACCCUGCAACGAACUCGUUACAGCACAACCUCACUGGGGCGAAAAAGGACAGUCCCCGAGUCCAGCUUCUGACUUGGAGAUGUUCAACACAUCCAAACACAUAAAGCCUUUUAUCUGUCAUAAAGUCAAUUACAUCCAAACGCCUGAGAUCAAAGCAAUAGAGUUCAAUUCACAGCGGUGCGCCUUUUUGUCCCAGGAAAAUGAACUGGCUCAAGUGGCUAGCACCAUGGAGUCGAGAGACAUGAAGGAUCUUUUAAUGCUGGGAUAAAAAGAGCAGAAUGAAAUGAAGGGACCUGUCCAUCAAACGUCAGAGGAAGUCCAUUUUUAUUCUGUUUUUUUUUUAAUAACUUGAAACAAGUGCCUGAGCAACUAAUAUGCAGUUUAGACCAAUGAGUUUGUCUGUUUAGCACUGGAAGCACGAAAUUACACGAGCAUACAAGCAUAUUAUUCGCAUUUGUGUCUUAUUAAUGUAAGUGUGGGUGUUGGAAUUCAUCACUCUCAUGGUUGUUUUGCUUACAAUGCUUACACACUGAUUGUGUUAGUUUAUUAAGAAUGUAAUGUGUCCACUUCACGGCUGCAGUUUCUGAUCAGUGAUUCAUCUUUAUUCCCUUGUUAAGUGUUGUCAGAGUUCAGAAUGUCUUUCAACACAGAGGCAUGUUUUUUCAAAGCAUUGAGUGUCCUUGUGUAACCCAGACUGCAGUUGUUGAUUAUUCCAUGUUAAAUCUGCCGUGGAAAGACCAGGACUCGCUCAGUAGGAGAAAUUUUCUGUGGAAUGACCUUACCUGGAUCUCUUAUCGUUAUUUGGCUUAGAUACUUAAUCAGUACAAGGACGAGUAAAGCUUUACAGCUAAGCCUGUCACGGGAGGCAAUAAAGAACACACAUUUGUCAAUGAAGAAGUAGAAUUUUGUAAUAUUAACCCAAUAUCCACCCUAAGAAAAUGAUUUACACCUCUUCUGAAACAACAGUCAGCUAUAUUAGAUGCAUCCGAUGGGUUUUGCUCAGAUUCUUCUAUCUUCUUAUCAUGGUUCAACCAUCUUAUUUAUCUUUGUUUUAUAUUUUUUCCAGGACUUCAUCAACUGUCAUAAAAUUGGUAUAUUUAGCUGUGUUCUAGUGGACACAAUUAGCACAUCAAGAGAGUUGGAGUUUUUUUCUCGUGAAUCAAAAUGUAGAGUGUGGCACUAUAAUUGUAGCUAUCUCAAAAAAAAAUACUACUUUUAAGGAACUUUCACCAGACAUUCACUGAUGUUGGUAUUUACUGUAGCAGAGCUUGACAUAUUGCAGCCUGACAUCGACCACAUUUGUCCAGUUUUCAGAAAAAAUACUCAAGAAAACACCAAAAUGGAUGCAAAAACAUGUUUUUGGGUGCAGUUUUUCCAUUAGUUAACCCAAGGCUUAACAGUGUAAUCUAUAGAAGAUUUAAAAUGCCUUAAUUAAACCAAUCAAGAUCAAUUUAAAUUUAAAUCCAAUACACAACUUACUGACACUAAGUGCAAAGAAUUGAGCCAAAAAAGAUCCGUCUGUCCUUUUUUACAAAUGCUUACUGCACAAUCCAUGCCUUAAAACUGCACUCAGACAGUUUAUCUUAAUGUUAAGUCAAUAGAGACAUAGUGACAUUAAGUCCUGCCCACACCAAAGGGAAAAAGAAGU